AUGGCUUUGCUCUCCAAAAACAAGCUCGCGCUCAUCGACGGCUCCCUCACUCCACCGAAAUCUGACGAUGCUCUGUUUCACGCCUGGGACCGUUGCAACAACCUCGAGGACAUCUACAGUUUACGGCAAGGCAGUCUUAGUGUCAGCGAGUAUUACACCCGUCUGAAGAUCCUGUGGGAUGAAUUGGACAAUAUUCGCCCCCUAAAACCCUGUUCCUGCACUUCCGCCGAUACUGCGCUUCAUCACCGUGAACAAGAUCGCAUAAUCAGAUUUUUGAAAGGCCUCAAUGAUUCUUAUGGCUCUAUCAAAUCUCAAAUCAUGUUGAUUGACCCUCUACCAUCGAUUAAUCGGGUCUUCUCCCUUGUGAUUCAACAAGAACGGGAACUCACUACUCCUCUCGAUUCGAAGAUUCUAAUUACCAAAGGACCACCUCUGUCUUCUCGUCCUGCUCCGGUUGGCCCCAAACCCACAGCAUCUGUCACCAAACAGUGCAGCUAUUGCGGUCGACCUCGUCACACUGAAGCCAUAUGCUACCGGAAACAUGGUUUCCCUCCUGGCUUCAAAUUUCGUUCCCCUGCCACGGUAAACAGUAUCACUACUCAAGACUCUGGUAAUGUUCAAGAAACUCAUACUGCUGCUUCUCUUCCUGUUUCUUCCUCUUCCACGGCUUCCAUUUUACCUCAUCUCACCUCUGAACAAUACCAACGUCUCCUCACUCUCCUCACACCUCAACAACCUUCGGCCUCUGUCAACCAUUUCACCGCUUCCGCCAAGUCACCUAAAGGUAUACUCAAUUCUUCUUUGCAUUCCGUUCCCUGGAUCAUCGAUUCAGGUGCCACUGACCAUGUCUGUAGCAAUCUUGAUCUUUUUUCUUCAUAUCAUUCCAUUUCCCCCGUCUCUGUUAGUUUACCUACAGGGACCCAAGCCGUUUCCACCAUAUCUGGCACGGUUGUCAUAUCCUCUUCCCUUGUUCUCACCAAUGUUGAAAUAGGCAGAGACCCUGUUUACAUAGAAUGCCCAAGUAUUGUAGAGGUCACUGAAGAGACAAGGGUAGAUCAACAUGCUAGUGAUAAGGAAUCAGCUUUCCAGCUAGCCAGUCUUCGCUUGACUUUAUCAAUCACAUCCUGA